AUGUUCAACGGCCAUGGCAUUCUUACAGUCUUGGUGGCCUCGGUGCUGACUCUUGCAUGCAGCCUGGACCACCGGAUGGAGCAACGCAUUCCCAGCGAGCUGACCUUCUCUCUCGGCGCGGCCGGUGCCAGUGAAGCAGCUCCUGCUGUUGCCCACAGCCCACAGACGUCACAGUCUCAUGGUUGGGAAUCUUGGUCCUUCAACUUCCCCAGCUUCCUGGCGGGCCUCACAGUGGGGGUUCUCUUCACGGUCAUGGCCUUGGGCUUCCUCACGGACCGUCUGGACCGAAGAGAACCUGUCAGUGACAAAGAGGUGGAAGCUCCGCUGCCGCGUGAGUCACUCGAAUCUCUACAUCUCUUCGGCCCACGCUGCACCUGGCUCGUGGCCAUGCUGCUUGUGCAGAGCGUUUCGUCCCUGAUCCUGGAUUCAUUCAAAGGCCUCAUGCAAAGACACAUGUCCUUGACCUUCUUCCUCACCAUGCUGGUUGGCCUUGGAGGCAAUGCGGGCGGCCAGAGCGUGGUCCUGACCGUCCGACGUCUGGCUUUGGGAAAGGCCGUUCAGGUGUCAGAGCAGCUCCACGUUGGUUUGCUCUUGGUGCUGGUCAUGGCGCCCCUGGCCUUCGUGCGCGCCUACAUGCAGCAGACGCCCCUGUCGGAAAGCUUAACUGUAGGAGCUGCAGCGGCCGUCAUCACGGUCUGUGCCACAGUGGUGGGCACUGCGCUGCCGAAGCUGCUGUGGUUCUUCAACGUGGACCCGGCUCACGGCGCUGUGGGCGUACAGGUCCUCAUGGACAUCGCAGGCACAGCCGAAGCCGAGCUGGGGAGAUGUGUGAUGUGUCUCCACUCCACGGGCUCGAUGGAAUAG